UUAUCUUGUGUAACAAUCAUGGGUUUUCGGAAUUUCUCUAAAUCAUAAUUUCUUCCGCGUUUCCUUUUCAGUUUUUUAUUGUCUAUCUUUUAACAAAUUGUCAAUAAGUAUCAUAUAUAACAAAUUACAGCGGAAUACAAAUGAUUUCAUUAAAAUCAAAAUUGUUACUUUUUUCUUUAUCCAUUAUUUUAUUAUAUUUACCGCCAGUUUUUUCUUCAGCAGGAGAUCGAAGUGAAGAAUUUCAGACGUGUGUUAAUACUUGUUUCUCGACAGAAUGUUCACAAGAUUCUACUUUGCCUUUAUACUUACGAUUCUUUUCUUGGACAUGUGAAGAUAAUUGUAAAUACAAUUGUAUACACAAGAUAACUAACGAAGCUAUAAGUCAGAACAAAGAAAUAGUCCAAUAUUAUGGGAAAUGGCCUUUUCACCGUCUAUUUGGAAUACAAGAACCCGCUAGUGUAAUGUUUAGCAUAUUAAAUGGAUAUGUACAUUAUCGUUAUCUACCACUCUUAAAACGUAAUAUUCCAGAUUCUUAUUAUAUGAAAAAAUUUUAUAUUUUUUAUGCCUAUAUUGGUAUAAAUAGUUGGAUAUGGUCGACUGUUUAUCAUUCAAGAGAUUUUCCUUUAACAGAAAGGUUGGAUUAUUAUUCGGCAGGGCUUUCAAUUUUAUAUUCUUUAUUUUAUGGAGUUUUGCGCAUAUUUCAAAUACGUAAUAUUCAACGAACUAGUAUAUGGGCUAUUAUAUGUAUAUCAGCAUAUAUAGCACAUGUAUCAUAUUUACAUUUUAUAAAGUUUGAUUAUGAGUAUAAUAUUUUAGCAAAUGUUACUGUUGGAAUGUCAAAUAAUGCAUUGUGGAUUAGUUGGUCAAUAUCACAUUGGUAUAAAAGGCCUGAUGAUGCUUGGAAACCAAUCGUAGGCAUUAUUUUAAUUUUAUGCGCAAUGUCACUUGAGAUUUUUGAUUUUCCUCCAUGGUGGGGAAUUUUAGAUGCUCAUGCACUUUGGCAUGCUAGCACUAUCUAUUUAAUUGCUUAUUGGUAUAAUUUCUUACUGGAAGACGCGAGAAUUGAAAGUUUUCGUGAAAGUAAAGGGAAAAAAAUUGAUAAAUAAAUUAAAAAUUAAAAUGAACAAUUUUUAUUUUUAAUUAGUAGGUUUCUUUUUACACUUGUAUCGAACUGAGUGUGAUAGCUAUAAUUUGUUCUUAUUUUCUUGCAAUUUUUGCAAUUUAAAUUGUAAUAUAAUACAAAAAAUGGUUACACCGAAAAUGAAUUGACCUCAUUAAAUAACUACGAUAUUUUAUAUAUUAAAUUGAUAAAUUAAAAUACAUUAAAAUAAUUUUUAUUAGGUAAAGCUUUACGUAUAAUCCACAACUGGAUGACGAAAUAAGUGAGAAUAAAGGAAAUAGAAAGUCAGGAAGUAGA